AUGGAGAUCGAUCACCCCACCGUCCCGCCCUUUGACAUCUCGCUCAAGCUGCCGCUGGAGGAGUCCUUUAGCAGCCUCUCCCCCGACUCUCUCUACAGCUAUUCUCUCGAGGAAUACACCAACUUUGCCAACAACAGCUACAACACCGACUUCAGUGCCGACUCCCCGCUGUCGCUUGGUUCUCCUGUCUCUCCCACAACCAGCUGCAUCAACCCCAACACGACCGUGCUCGGCUUUGACAACACCUGGGCCGCUCUCGAGCAGCCUGACAUCGACGACCUGGCCUUCAUCAAGCCUGAACCUGCCGACAGCCCGCUGACCUUUGCUGCCUUUCCCUCGGCCAUUGACCCGAUCCAGCUUUCGGGCAGCCCGGACGAGGAUCUCUUUGCCAUUGCAGCCGCGCCCAGAAGCAGCAGCAGCAGUCACACACACGCACACAGCCGCAGUCUCACCAACACCCGCAGCAAUCACGCCGCCAUGCCGUCGCCACGUGAACGCCGCAGCUAUUCGGUGCGCAAGUCAUCGUCAGCCGGCGCCCAGCGCAAGGGCUCUUCGGGCAGCAGUAGCAGCAGUGCGUCACUGAAGCGCAAGUCUAUUAGCGGCCCGGCCGCGCCGCUGUCGCCGUCGUCGGCCUCGUCGAUGCAGCAGCAGCAGCAGCAACAACAGUCGAGCGUGUCGACGUACGAGCCGCCUAAGAAGACGGCUCACAACCUGAUUGAGAAGCGCUACCGCACCAACCUCAACGACAAGAUCCUGGCACUGCGUGACGCCGUGCCGGCUCUGCGCGUGGUUGCUCGUCAGGCCGAUGCCGGGUCCGAGGAUGACGACGAGGAGCAGCAGCAUCAGCAGCAGCUGGCGCGGUAUUCCGGCAUCUCUGGCGCAGUCAUUGGCGAGGACCUUGGCGGCCUGGCCCCGGCCCACAAGCUCAACAAGGCCACCAUUCUGGGCAAGGCUACCGAGUACAUUGCCCAUCUGGAGCGGCGCAACGAGAUGCUGGCGCGCGAGAACGAGAGCCUGCGCGGCAAGGUCGGCGACUACGAGAUGUUUGUCAUGAGCCGGCGCAUGUAG